AUGAACCUCACUGAGUGCCGUUCAAUUCAUGUCGACCGUGUUGACAAGAAAUACAACAAAGAGACGAGCUGCUUGUAGCGACAUGAUACAUACCACGUUGAUAACCAAGUAAUUUUUUCUCACACAUAUGGAAACAUAGGAUACUGACAUAAGUAAAGGUGGCACAGCUGUGGGCGCAACUGAAUGUCAGCACAGAGAAAAGGACAAACACCUAACUUAUUAUUUAAAGGACUGACUUGUAUUCAGCCCCGUUGGACAUUUAAACUGAAGUGUUCUUUUGUCUAUUAAUGUGCUGGAGUGAAUCCUUCCUACCAGACAAAUGUAUAAAUUAAAUGAAUGAUCUCUGUGAUCAGGACAUUUGAGAGUUAAACUGCAUUUGAUGAAGAAAAAGUGAGAACUGGCAGCCAGAAUACUACAAAGCUCUGUUUGCAUACUGGAAAUAUUACAGAAGCAUAGACUCAAAAAGAAAGUUCUGGUCUAGGUCUUUCUGUAGUUCACGUUGCCUUAGCAGACUAGUUCUUUAUUACACCCGUCCAGGUAUAAUUUUCUAUACUGUGUGCAGGUUUGCAAUAUUUAUACACAUAAAUAUAUAUUUCUCUUCUUUUAGAAGAGACCUUGUAAUAUAUCUUGUGUGGCAGCAUUGCUCUUGUUUAUAGAGCCUAAGCUGUAUGUAGAAUUUGUAAAUAUCACGUAAGAUUCUUUAGUGACACUUUUUAUUGAGACCUUGUGGACACUGUGAAUGGUUUACUAGGUCUUAUUAGACCUUAGGAGGGCAUUUAAAAAAGUGAAGAAGAAGUGAAAAAGCUUAAGAAACUUAAAUGGCAACAAAGAUGGAGAACACUGGCCCAGCUGUUAUGGGAUUGAACACACACAACAGACAGCUUAUAGGACAGCCUAAAGCCCCCACUCAAUUAGGACCCCAAACUGUGAGUGCUCAGCCUGGAAAGGAGCCCAUGGGGACCCAGAAACCAGCCAAUGCAUCUCAGGAAGGACCUGGUAUCAGGUUUGGUGAUGACUGGAAAAAAAGCCUACAGCUCCCUGAUAAGGACAAUAGAGUCAAAACUUCUGAUGUGACUGCAACCAAAGGGAAUGAGUUUGAGGACUACUGUCUAAAAAGAGAGCUGCUGAUGGGAAUUUUUGAGAUGGGCUGGGAAAAGCCCUCCCCCAUUCAGGAGGAGAGUAUUCCUAUUGCCCUUUCUGGCCGCGAUAUACUGGCUCGUGCCAAAAACGGGACCGGAAAGAGUGGUGCAUACCUGAUCCCCCUUCUGGAGAGAAUUGACAUAAAAAAGGAUCAUAUCCAAGCCAUUGUGAUAGUUCCCACUCGUGAACUGGCUCUGCAGGUCAGUCAGAUCAGUAUUCAGAUCAGCAAGCACCUGGGUGUCAAGGUCAUGGCAACCACAGGUGGGACCAACCUACGAGAUGAUAUCAUGCGCCUGGAUGAGGAGGUUCAUGUUGUUAUAGCAACACCUGGCAGAAUUUUGGACUUGAUAAAAAAGGGCAUAGCCAAAGUGGAUAAAGUUCAAAUGAUGGUUAUGGAUGAAGCUGAUAAGCUGCUCUCUCAGGACUUCGUGGUUAUUAUUGAGGAGAUCAUUGGUUUCCUUUCAAAGAACAGACAGAUUCUGCUUUAUUCAGCCACAUUCCCCAUCAGCGUACAGAAGUUUAUGGCAAAGCACCUGCAGAAGCCCUAUGAGAUUAAUCUGAUGGAGGAACUGACCCUAAAAGGCAUUACGCAGUACUAUGCUUAUGUCACAGAAAGACAGAAAGUCCACUGCCUUAACACACUGUUCUCCAGGCUGCAGAUAAAUCAGUCCAUCAUCUUUUGUAACUCUACUCAGCGAGUGGAGCUUUUGGCCAAGAAGAUCACACAGCUGGGCUACUCCUGCUUCUACAUUCAUGCAAAGAUGAUGCAGGAAUACAGAAACCGUGUUUUCCACGACUUCAGAAACGGGCUUUGCAGGAACCUUGUUUGCACAGAUUUAUUCACUAGAGGCAUCGAUAUCCAGGCAGUAAAUGUGGUCAUCAACUUUGACUUUCCCAGGAAUGCGGAAACAUACCUGCAUCGCAUCGGACGCUCAGGCAGGUUUGGACAUUUGGGUUUGGCAAUCAAUCUCAUUACCGCUGAGGACCGCUUUAACCUGAAGACCAUUGAGGACCAGCUGAUGACGGACAUAAAGCCCAUUCCCGGCAGCAUUGAUAAGAGCUUGUAUGUGGCAGAGUUUCACUCUUUGAACCCUGACUGUGAGGCAGAGGCGCCUCAGCCCGGCGAAGGCUCUGAAGCCCAUUAGGAAGCACCAUUAGAGAGCAGGGCAGUUGGAGAAACUGAACCAGACUUUUGCAUCUGCUUUUGCACAAACCAGUAACCUUUUCUGCUCAUAACUUUCCUCAUCUUGUCCACCUCCACAGUAUUUUUUGUUUUUAGUCGCUGUCAGUAUUUUGCUCUCUUUUUUGCAUUCAUUGUUCAUUUUUGGGGUGGUUAUACCCUCUUUAUAAAUGACCAUACACAUUCCAGUUGAGACAUGCAAGAAUAAAAACAAAACAUUCAGAGAAAAGUUCCUGUUUGAUAGAAAACAAUAAACAAAGUUAAUGGUGAAACUAGAGUGAAAAUGAAGCAUACUUGUAUCAUUAGUUGAGAAUUUACACACAAACCCUAGAACAAAACCUGUUGAACCCAAGUGCCUUAAUAUAUAUCGUCUCUGUCUUAGAUUAAUAUGUCAUUGCUAUGUUAAAGUAUUCCCAAAGACUAAACACAGGAUUUUGAAUCCACAGCAUAUUGGUGCUACUGGAUUCUGUGAAAGAAUCAUUGGUAUGGAUUUAUUGAUGAGAAGCAUUUCAAAUUCUCUUCAUAUUCAGUCUGAGGCAGCUAGAGAAACCAGCAUCCAUGGAAAUAUUGCAGAGCUCAGGAUUCAGGUGUCAACAUGAACCAUUGCACUAAACUACCUGAGAAAAAAAAUCUGCAUUAAUAUUGGUGCUUUUUGUAGUUUCAUUAGUAGUCACAGAUAAAUGUAAAUUUGGAAUUCAUAAAGAAAUUUACAUGUAAAUUAUGGUUUCAAACAGAGACUAAAUUUGUGAAAUUUUUUUAUAUAUAAUUCUGAAACUAUAUUAUAUUAGACAUUGCUAACUUAAACAGGCAUGCCAAAACUGGCAUAAUGUGAAAGAUGUCAGACUACUACGUGAAAGCUGAUACAAAAAUUCACCACAACGCAGUCAUUAUACAUUAGCAGAUCCUCACAUUUAUAUGUACAACUAUGUUAAAUGAUUUGUCAAAAGAAUCUGUUUGGUUUCUUUUUUUUCUUCUUCAUUUAAAGGUUGGUGAGAAGGCUUUUUUUUUUUUUUCAAAAUAGCAUCUUGCAGUUCUUUUGAAAUUAAUGAAUGUAUAAAGUUGGUAAUGAAUGGAUUUAUUAGAUUAUUUCCAGAUGUGUGUGUGUGUAACUUUGGCAGAAAGGAGGCAAAAUUUUCUUUUUAUUCCCUUUUGGUUGUUUGCAAGAGGCUUUUCAUAACCUCAUCUUGCAUUUAUGAGAUAUUUUGAUUAAGAGAGUAUUUUCAUACAGCAGAAUUGUAGCAUCUUCUCAGUGGCAGCUGUGUUUUUUUUUUUUGUUUUUUUUUUCUCCAAAAGAUGUUCUAUUGUGGAUUUUUUUUUUAUGCUAUGCAGGGAUAUGUGGCAUGUAGCUCAAAGCUUUAGCGUAGAAACCUCCAUUUGCAUGUUUAUUUAGCUAUUAAAACAGCGCAGUUCAGGCCAAUAUGCACUGAGCAGUUAAAUUAGGAAACCUUGAGCCAGAUUGCAAAUUUCUGCUGGUGAUGCUGUGCUACUCAAAAGGUUUUUGUUUAGGUCUAUUAGCAUAUUUCAAAAUCAUAUUGUAGUGGACAAAAUUUAAUUCUUUAUCCAUUCUGUCAUGCAGUGAUGAGCUGUGAAUUUUUCCUUAUGUUUUAUAUGGUUUAUCACAGCUAAUGGAAGUGAGGAGCAGAUGUUAUGGGGACAAUUGUUUAAUGUACAUUUUGUAUAGGAUUUCUGGAGAGAGAAAAAUUUUGAUGCGUGAUAUCGUUUCUAAUUGAUGCAAGAAUGGUUUAAUGCUCGUGAGCGAUUUUUGUUAUGUCUCUAUUGUUUAUUUGAAUAGCUCGAGGUUAUAGUAUGUAUUAUAGCUUGAAAUAGAAUGAAUGUGCCAUCUGUCCCAAACUUUAUUACAUUCAUAUGAGAGAUAACGGUACAGUUUUUCUUUAUGUGAAUGUGGAAAAGUAUCUGUAUCAGGGGAUGUAUUUUUUUGAAAUUUUCCAAAGGAAACACUUUAACAUUUAAAUUGGUAAACUGUUUCUUAUUGAAUUGACUGUAGUAAAUAAUUUUUGUGAAUCUACUUUUCUUUUUUUCUUUUUCUGACUUGUUCAAUUUGAACACAAAUUUGUCACUCGAAUGUGUCCAUAAAUCUUAUUAAAUUGUG